GAACAUAAGAAGAGUCUGAGGAGGAGAUGUGAACGUGUGACUGAAGGAAGUGAUGAAGCAGGAGGAGGAAGCCUCCUCAACAGGAUCUACACUGAGCUCCACAUCACAGAGGAACACAGUGAGGAGCUUCAGAGGGAACCUGAGCUGAAUCAUCUGGAGACAGCUUCCAGGAAGGAGAGCCUCCAUCACACUGCCAUCAGGGUUCAGGACAUCUUCAAAGCCUCGGCCCAGCAGCACAGACACAUCCGAGUGGUUCUGACCAGCGGCGUGGCCGGCAGCGGAAAAACCUUCUCGGUGCACAAGUUCAGUCUGGACUGGGCCGAGGGCCUGGAGAACCAGGAUGUGGGGGUGCUGGUGGUGCUCUCCUUCAGGGAGCUGAACCUGCUGGGAGAGCGGCCGUACAGCCUCCUCUCACUGCUGGCUGUUUUCCAUCCCACGCUCCAGAAGCUGACGGCAGAGGAGCUGGCUGUCUGCAAGCUGCUCUUCAUUUUUGACGGUCUGGAUGAAAGCAGACUUUCUCUGGACUUCAGCAGCAGCCAGCGGCUGCUUGACGUCUCCCAGCAGUCUUCAGUCGGCGAGCUGCUCACUAACCUCAUCCGGGGGGAUCUGCUGCCCUCGGCUCGGGUCUGGAUCACUUCCCGACCGGCGGCGGCCCAUCAGAUCCCUCCAACAUGUGUGGACAGACUGACAGAAGUGCGAGGCUUCACUGACGCCCAGAAGGAGGAGUACUUCAGGAGGAGGCUGAGUGAUGAGGAGCUGAGCAGCAGGAUCAUCUCCCACAUCCAGACCUCCAGGAGCCUCCACAUCAUGUGUGGAAUCCCAGUCUUCUGCUGGAUCACUGCUACAGUUCUGGAGCACAUGUUGAGCAGCGAGCAGAGAGGAGAGCUGCCCCAGACCCUGACUGACAUGUACUCCCACUUUGUGCUGGUUCAGACUCACAGGAAGAAGCUCAAGUACCAUGAACGACCUGAGACGGGUCCACAGGAGCUGACGGAGGCUGACAGGGAGCUUCUUCUGAAGCUGGGCAGGAUGGCCUUGGAACAUCUGGACAAAGGAAACAUCCUGUUCUACCAAGAAGACCUGGAGCAGUGUGGUCUGGAUGUGACUGAGGCCUCGCUGUACUCUGGAAUCUGUACUCAGAUCUUCAAAAGAGAGUCAGUGAUCUUCCAGAAAGCCGUCUACAGCUUCGUCCAUCUGAGUGUUCAGGAGUUUCUGGCUGCAGUCUCCAUGUUCCACUGUUUCACCAACAAGAAGACGGAUGUCCUGAAGACCUUCCUCGGAGAGGACUGGGAACACAUGGAAUCAAGACCACAGACUUUAACUGACAAAAUAUUAUUCAGAAACCAAGAUGCUUUCCCAUCUCUAGACGACUUCCUGAAGGUUGUCCUGCAGAAAUCUCUCAGAAGUCAGAACGGCCACCUGGACCUGUUUGUCCGCUUCCUUCAUGGUCUUUCUCUGAAAUCCAACCAGAGACUCCUAAAAGGUCUUCUGGGUCGAACAAAGAUCAGUCCAGGAACCAUCCAGAGAGUCAUCAAGAACCUGAAGCAGAUCAACAGUGAGGAAGUGUCUCCUGACAGAAGCAUCAACAUCUUCCACUGUCUGAUGGAGAUGAAGGACCUCUCAGUCCAUCAGGAGAUCCAAGAGUUCCUCAAGUCAGAGAACAGAUCAGGGAAGGAACUCUCUGAGAUCCACUGCUCAGCUCUGGCCUACAUGCUGCAGAUGUCAGACCAGGUCCUGGAGGAGUUAGACCUGAAGAAGUACAAGACAUCACGGGAGGGACGAUGGAGACUGAUCCCAGCUGUGAAGAACUGCAGGAAGGCUGAAUUUUCUUAA